AUGGACACGCCAAGACGCAAAAGUAGAAAGCCUAACAAAUACGUAGAUGACAUUGGUGUUGUUGGAAGAAAAACUGGAGUAACAAUUUCAGGAGAGGUGACGAAAAAUGCUGACGGCCUUGAGGACGUAGAGGCUUUUUUUGCAGCCGCCUCUACAAAUCCUAAAAGUAAUUUUACAGAUAAAAUAACGUUAAACACGGAUGAAGUAGACGAAGUAUCAAUGUCUCUAGUCACAGACGAACCGUCACAGAUGACUCCAUUGCCUUCUAAAAAUAAAAAACCUAAAAGUCCUAUACCUGAAAGUCCUAUUUUAGAUAAUGUAGAUAAUGAAAUUACAAACGAAGAUGAGGUAUCAAUGUCUCUUAUCACUAAUG